AUGAAGCGGCAGAACGUGCGGACCUUGUCCCUGAUCAUCUGCACGUUCACGUACCUGCUGGUCGGGGCCGCGGUGUUCGAUGCCCUGGAGUCAGAUUUCGAGAUGCGGGAGAAAGAACAGCUGGAGGCAGAGGAGAAGCGUCUCCAAGGGAAAUAUAACAUUAGCGAGGACGACUACCGCAAACUGGAGACCAUCAUUAUGGAGGCCGAGCCCCACAGGGCUGGGGUUCAGUGGAAAUUUGCUGGAUCUUUUUACUUUGCCAUCACAGUCAUCACCACCAUAGGUUAUGGCCAUGCAGCUCCCGGCACAGACGCGGGGAAGGCCUUCUGCAUGUUCUAUGCCGUCCUGGGGAUACCCCUGACCCUGGUCAUGUUCCAGAGCCUAGGCGAAAGGAUGAACACCUUCGUCAAGUCCCUACUGAAGCGCAUCAAGAAGUGCUGUGGCAUGCACAUCACCGAUGUUUCCAUGGAGAACAUGGUGACGGUGGGGUUCUUCUCCUGCAUCGGUACGCUGUGCAUUGGGGCAGCCGCCUUUUCCCACUACGAGGACUGGAGCUUUUUCCAGAGCUACUACUACUGCUUCAUCACACUGACUACCAUCGGCUUCGGGGACUUUGUGGCUCUGCAGAAGAACCGGGCCCUGCAGCGGAGGCCCCUGUACGUGGCCUUCAGCUUCAUGUACAUCCUGGUGGGCCUGACUGUCAUAGGAGCCUUCCUCAACCUGGUGGUGCUGAGGUUCCUGACCAUGAACAGUGAAGACGAAAGGCGGGAUGCCGAGGAGAGGGCCUCGCUGGCGGGGAACAGAAACAGCAUGAUCAUCCAUAUCCAGGAGGAGACACUGGGGAGAGGAGGUGGUGCCAGGAGGAGGCACAGGGAAACGCAGGGCCAGUACUGCGCUGAGGUCACCGACCUGCCUUCUGUAUGCUCCUGCAUGAACUACCACUCACAUGAGUUUGGUAGCUGUGGGGGAGGGAUGGGAGGAGGGAUGGGGGGCGGAGGGAUGGGCUGUGCCUUCUCUCACCAGAACUCCUUUAGUUCCCAGUUGAACCCCCACCAGUACUUUCACUCGGUGUCGUACCGCAUCGAGGAGAUCUCUCCCAGCACCCUAAAGAACAGCUUCUUCCCCUCGCCCAUCAGCUCAGUCUCCCCAGGCCUCCACAGCUUCACAGACAAUCACCGACUCAUGAAGAGAAGGAAAUCUAUCUGA